GAUUGUUUGUCUAUAUACGUAGCUGAGACGGCCAUCUUCUAAUAACUGCAUCCCCUUCAUCAUGUGACUGACUCCUAUAAUGGACCCCCGUAAAAGUGCCCAAGACAUCCUCCUAUGUGACCUGUGUCAAACCGCUGCAUUACAGAGCCACUGUGAACUUUGUCAUGUAAACCUCUGUAUAGUCUGUGUUGGAAAACAUCUCUCUGAUUCCUCUAAGAGACACAAUGUUGUACCAUACAAACACAGAACUUCUACCCCUAACUACCCAAAAUGUCCAAACCACACCCAGAAACACUGUGAACUUUACUGUGAGAAAUGUGACGUUCCUGUCUGUUCUACCUGCAUCUCCUCUGGGAAACACAAAGGACAUGAUUUAUCUGAUGCUCUGAAGAAACUCAGUUCUAAAAGAAAGUAUUUUAAAAAAGACUUACAAGAACUAGAGAAAACAAUCUUUCCUAUAUAUGAAGAAAUUGCAUCAGUUUUAAACUCUGAAAAAGAAAACUUGGAGAAACAUUAUGAGAAACUGACAACAGCUGUCACCAAACAAGGAGAAGACUGGCACAGAGAAAUUAACAUCAUUGUCAACAAACAGAAAUAUGAAAUUGAUGAGAUGAAAUCUAAACACCUGGCUGCUCUAAAUAAACAAGAAAAAGAAAUUAAACAGAUUACUUCUGAACUAAAACAGUGCAUUGUUAAUCUAAAGGAAAUACUGGACUCUAAUGAUGUCUCCCUAACCUCUGCAUACAAAUCCAGGAAUGCUGAGUUCAGAAGUUUGCCUCCUAAAGUCAAUGUUUCAUUACCAAGUUUCUCCUCUCAUCAGAUCAACACAGAACAGCUCCAUCAAAUGUUUGGUUCUCUGUCAGCAUUAUCCAUUACAACAGGCAAACAUGGCUACACAAUGGAGACACCAGAAGCUGUAUCCUGUCCUCCAGUCAAACCACUGCUUGAUGAACCAGAGCUCAUCACCACCAUAGACACUGGGUAUAAAUACGGACAAUACAGUGUUACCUGUCUCAGUGAUGAAGAAAUCUGGACAGGUGGAGAUGACAAAAUCAUGAAACUCUACAACCUCCAGGGCAAACUACUGAAGUCAAUCCAAACCAAUUCUGGGAAUGAACCACGUGACAUAGCAGUGACAAAGAGUGGAGAUCUACUUUAUACAGACCCUGGUACAAAAACUGUAAACAUAGCGAAGAAUAAACAGAUACAGGAAGUGAUCAGACUACAGGGGUGGAAACCUUACAACAUCUGUAGUACCUCCUCUGGUGACCUCCUGGUUACCAUGAACAGUGAUGAUAAUAAACAAUCAAAAGUUGUCUGUUACUCUGGCUCCACAGAGAAACAAACCAUUCAGUUUGAUAGUGAAGGUAAACCUCUGUAUUCCUCUGGUGUCCUUAAAUACAUCAGUGAGAACAGGAACCUGGAUAUCUGUGUGGCUGACUGUGGAGCCCGUGCAGUAGUGGUGGUUAAUCAGGCAGGAAAACUCCGAUUUAGAUACACUGGUCAUCCCUCUACUACCAAGAAAUCAUUCUUUCCAUAUGGCAUCACAACAGACAGCCAGAGUCACAUCCUGACUGCAGAAAAUUACAAUCACCGUAUCCACAUCCUAGAUCAGGAUGGACAGUUCCUCCAUUACAUUGAUAACUGUAAUCUAGACUAUCCAUGGGGUUUAUGUGUAGACACCAGAGACAACCUCUUUGUGGCUGAGUGGAGCAGUGGUAAAGUGAAGAAAAUCAAAUACAUGUAAAAGAUCCGCCAUAACCAUGCAUUAAAAUAUUAAAUACCAUGUUUGUUUUAAUCAUGACCAAUUGAAGUAAUUAUAUGGAAGAAACUAUGUGUAAAAAUUGCAUACAAUCAUUUUUAUUGGAAUAACAUUGUUAUGGAAUAAGCUGUGUUAUUUUUUUAUGAUCAGUUUUACAAUAACGUUAGGUGUUGUAUAUAAUUGCCUCUAGGCAGAGAAUUAAUAUAAAAUUAAACAAACUGUAAAAUACUGAUGGAGAUGAUAUACAAUAUCAGUUGAACAUUAUUAUAUGAUAGCGUUUAUAACCUUACACUGAAUGUCAAUUUCAAAACUCCAAAAAAAAUUAUAUUUCAUGUAUGAGUUGGCUGCUUGGAAGUUAAAAGUAAAGAGGAUGUUCAAAUUUGUGUAAACAGAAAUUUUUUCUCAUUGGUUUAUGCAUUUUGAACCCUGUGUUAUCGAUUGA